CACACAUACAUACUUACAACCAUACAACCAUACAACCAUACAUACAUACAACCAUACAUACAUACAUACAUAUAUACGGCUGCUGCCCAAACAUGGAGAACAAGGUCUCGGUGGUCGAGUUCUGUGAGCGUCAUGGGUGCCUGGUCGACGUCAACUCGGCAGACUCGCUGCGCUAUGCGCUGGAGAACGUGCUGUCGCUGCUGCCCGAGCCGUCGGACGGAACGGAGGCUGCAGAGCGGUCCGAGAAGAUCUUGGCGCUACAGAGCGAGGUGGCCAUGGCGCAGCAGCUGAACGAUGCGCUGCAGCAGCAGAUCGAACAUGAGGCCACAGAGGUGGCCAUUCUGGAGAAGAAGAUGGAGGCCCGCCUGCUGCUCAACAAGGUGGCCCAGUCUCUCGCCAUCGUCCCGCACACCCCCGCCGACAACAGGCCGCGCAAGUUGAAGAAGGCUCGCAAGACCGCAACAGACUCGGACAUCGCCACCAGCCGCCCGAAGGAGCCUGCCCAGGACGACAUCGUCACAGCCGAUUCCGACGUCGAUGCAGCAGCUGCGGGCUCUGGCACCAGCAGCAGCGGACCCGCUUCUGCCGCCGGUCGCCGACGCAGCAAGCGCCGCAAACCGCUUGCAGCCCUGAGCUAGCUUUGCUCUCCCACUUGCUUCAACCAACGAAUCAAUCACACCAUCAUGACAUCAGCCCGUCGUCCUCUUUCCCCACCUCUACCUAGCUUGGACUGACUCGCUUGGUUUUACGAUCUCGACAUCACACCGCAAACGACCCAAUCGCAGCAGCAAGCGCCACACAUGCC